ACUUCUAGUUUUUAUGGAGUAUCUGCUGGAUUCCUAUUUGUUUCGUUAUCUUCCAUUCACGAUAUGCCGAAAUACGAAGAAAAACAUCACAUCAGUGGUGAUGAAAAUCAUUGCAGUGGCAGAUUGGUUGUGUAAGACUCGAGAACUACAGCCGUUGGUGGAAAAUCACCCAACGUUGGUUGUGUCAGAUUUUGUAUAUUCAGUGCUUUGGUUGUUGUCACUUUUCUGUGCUCUUCGUUGCGGUUCACGUUACGUGUAUACAUGGGUUGGCGUUUAUUUAUUAGCCUUCUUUACUGAAAGUAUAAAGUUUGUCGAUGAAAGCAUGAACGUUGUAUUCUAUAGCCAAACAAUGUUAACAUUCAUGGGAAUGCGCACUCCGCUUUAUUUAUUAUGUGGUAUCUACCACACAUUGUUCUACACUUCCUAUGUCAUAGUGAAAAGAAUUCGUUUGGAAUGGUGGGGUGAAGCUGCAGCAAAUGGUCUUCUAGUAUUCCUGUUGUCGCUGCCCUUACAAGUAAUGGGUACAAAGUUGCUUUGGUGGCAGUGGUAUGAUGGUGACCCACGUCUCAUAAAUACGUUUUAUUCUGUGCCAUUAGUUGUGUUAGCGUGGUAUGCAAUGCUAGGGACAUCAUUCAGUGUCAGUUUAUACUUGUUUCGGAAAGGAUUUCUUCACGAAAAAUAUAACUGGAAAAGAUUUUUUACUGAAUUAUUUUGUGUACUUGGUGCAGCGUUGUUUGCUGUUUGCCUCGCUAUAUUGCAGUACGUAAUUUUCUUCCAUAUUCUACACGAUAUUUUCCGGAUCCAUUCCAUCUUUUCAUUGGGACUUUUGCUCAUUGUAUAUGCAACUACAGCAUUGAAAGCAUUGUUUAAUUCUAGAAUGGAAUAUUACUUGCAUGAUGCAGCAGUAAAAGAUCAGUUGGUCGAAGUUCCAUUGAAUGAAAGACUUAUUCAUACAUUGACUGAACUCUCAGUUGUGGCAAUUCAUUUUUUGCUUCAUAUGUUAUUGGCGGUGUUUAGUUCCCCUGAGAACAUCUUUUCAGAAGGUAUGCAUCAGGCGAUCGGUUCGUGUAAUGAAAUGGAACAAAUUUUUUCACCAUUUGGUUUGGUUUUAUACCGUAAGAAAUAUUUCUGUGUAGAAGAACAGCAGCAGAAGCUAUUCGAUUUUCAUUGUAUUCCUGGUGGGCAGUUACGGGAAAUGGUAGGCAGUGAACCUUUAGAGUACUAUACAAUCUGUGGCACGAAUUUCGAGAAUCGAGCGGAAUAUAUUAUUUUCAUAUGGGUGUAUUGUGUCACGGUCCUUUUCAUAAUCUGUUAUAUCACACUUUCUUGUGUAGUUGAGAUCAGUAAACCAAAAGGGUAUUCUUACACCAAAAUUAUGCAACAUAACGAUCACAAGAACGGGUUUACAUCACAGAAAGGCUUCAACUUAUGUGAAAAAAAAUUCAAGAAUGAUGGGAUUGCGCAGCGAACCAUGGAUGACGUUGAACUUCGGCAUCGGUUAAGUGUGCUAAAUCGCAAUAGUAAAAAAUCACGUUUACCCACACCUACUCGUCUUUCGGGCUAUAUAUCAAAGUUAUCAGCAUGA